AAGGUAAUGGUGUUUGUGCAUGCAAGAAAUGAAACAGUGCGUACAGCCUUCACCUUGAUAGACCUGGCCAAAAAUAGAGGGAAUAUUUCCUUGUUUGCAGCAGAACAAAAAAAAUCAAGGCAAGUCUAUUAGUUACAAAAUAAAUAGUGUGGUAAUGAGCCUGUAAAACCUAAUGAAGGUUUUGCUUACAUUGUAACAGAAACCUAAUCUUUUCCUUCUGUAGAUAUCAAAAAGCCGGAAUAAGCAACUCCGAGAAAUGUUUGCUGAAGGUUUCGGCAUUCAUCACGCUGGGAUGCUGAGGCAGGACCGUAACCUUGUAGAACGUUACUUCUCUGAGGGUCACAUCAAGGUGCUGGUCUGCACAGCCACACUUGCCUGGGGUGUCAAUCUCCCUGCACAUGCAGUCAUCAUCAAGGUAGGUUGGAGAGUAUUUGGCAGCAGCAUUGCAUCAGAUCAUGAAGCGUUUUUAUACUAACCUUAACAUAUCAGUAAUGCACACCCUAUGCUGUAAUUUUAUUUUAUUCUUCAGAAUAGAAAAGGAGACAACUUUGUCUUUUCAUUUGAAGAUGCCAUGCUCUUGGUUAUUUUAAAAAGAAGUUUUCUGUUAAACAGGGUACUCAAAUCUAUGAUGCAAAGAGGGGCUCCUUUGUGGACCUUGGCAUUCUGGAUGUUAUGCAAAUUUUUGGACGUGCAGGUCGGCCUCAGUUUGAUACGUUUGGACAUGGCACCAUC